GCUCCUCCAGUUACCACAACAUGCCGGGCCGUUGCCUAGUGAUGCUGUGCUAUAAAGCAGCUUCUUGCACUCCUAUCUGACACAACAUCCCCAGCCACUCAUCUCAGGUGAACAAGGGACUGCUUCAAGAGACGAAAACAUGCGUGAAUGUAUCUCUGUCCAUGUUGGCCAAGCUGGAGCCCAGAUAGGCAAUGCAUGCUGGGAGCUGUAUUGCCUGGAGCACGGCAUCCAGCCGGACGGUCAGAUGCCCAGCGACAAGACGAUCGGAGGAGGAGACGACUCCUUCAACACCUUCUUCAGUGAGACUGGAGCUGGAAAACAUGUUCCCAGAGCUGUGUUUGUGGACCUGGAGCCGACAGUCAUCGAUGAGGUCCGUACUGGAACCUACCGACAGCUCUUCCACCCUGAGCAACUGAUCACUGGAAAAGAAGAUGCAGCCAACAACUACGCUCGUGGUCACUACACCAUUGGCAAAGAGAUCAUUGACCUGGUUCUUGACAGGAUUCGUAAACUGGCUGACCAGUGCACAGGGCUCCAAGGUUUCCUCAUCUUCCACUCCUUUGGAGGAGGAACCGGCUCUGGCUUCACCUCUCUGCUGAUGGAGCGUCUCUCCGUCGACUACGGCAAAAAGUCCAAGCUGGAGUUUGCGAUCUAUCCAGCUCCUCAGGUGUCCACAGCUGUGGUGGAGCCCUACAACUCCAUCCUGACCACCCACACCACCCUGGAGCACUCGGACUGCGCCUUCAUGGUGGACAACGAGGCCAUCUACGACAUCUGCCGCAGGAACCUGGACAUCGAGCGUCCCACCUACACCAACCUCAACAGGCUGAUUGGACAGAUCGUCUCCUCCAUCACCGCCUCCCUGCGCUUCGACGGCGCCCUGAACGUGGACCUGACGGAGUUCCAGACCAACCUGGUGCCCUACCCUCGUAUCCACUUCCCUCUGGCCACCUACGCCCCUGUCAUCUCUGCAGAGAAGGCCUAUCACGAGCAGUUAUCAGUAGCAGAGAUCACCAACGCCUGCUUCGAGCCAGCCAAUCAGAUGGUGAAGUGCGACCCUCGUCACGGCAAGUACAUGGCCUGCUGCCUUUUAUUCCGUGGUGACGUGGUGCCCAAAGACGUCAACUCGGCCAUCGCCACCAUCAAGACGAAGCGCACCAUCCAGUUUGUGGACUGGUGUCCCACAGGCUUCAAGGUGGGCAUCAACUACCAGCCUCCCACUGUGGUUCCUGGAGGAGACCUGGCCAAGGUGCAGAGGGCCGUGUGCAUGCUGAGCAACACCACCGCCAUCGCCGAGGCCUGGGCUCGACUGGACCACAAGUUCGACCUGAUGUACGCCAAGAGGGCCUUCGUCCACUGGUACGUGGGAGAGGGGAUGGAGGAGGGAGAGUUCUCGGAGGCCAGAGAGGACAUGGCUGCCCUGGAGAAGGAUUACGAAGAGGUGGGAACUGACACCCUUGGGGAUGAAGGAGAAGAAGAGGGGGAGGAAUAUUAAAUUGGAAAUCAGCAAACAAAGCCAACACUUAUUGUGUCUGUUUGGUGUCACUAUGCUUCAAACAAACUAGGUUACAUGUGUCAUCUGACUGUUGUCCAGCUUUUAAACAUGAUAGAGGGACAAAACAUGAUUUUUUUUGUCUCUCAUCUCAGAUUAGUCUAUUUUGGGAACUUACUAAAAUUGUCAACCUCUCUUAAACAAUCUGACAAAGACUUUGUUCGAAGCAUACUGAGACCUUUUGUUUCAACUCAUAUUCAUUCUUUUAUGGUAUCUAGUUUGAACUUUUACACGUCAUUUUUCCUUGUGUGAAAAUCCACAGGUCUGGUUGGCAGUAACUGUGACAUUUAGCUGCAGUUAAAAUGCAAAUUCAUGCUGUCUCAACAGGUGCUAAAAUUCCUCCUGAUCUUUGCCUCAGGAAACAGGAAACAGCUGCAUUUUAUAGUAAGAAGAGAGUAAGGAAAGACCAAAUUCCAAAUAAUAUAAUAUUCUAUAUUGAACAGAUAUUUAUCAACAUCAAUCCCUGAAUCAUGUGCAAAAUUCAUGUCACGAUCUGGAGCGAUUAGGAGGAAUUCUGUGUCAGCAUAUCAUCUUUCAUAUAUGUCUUUGUCUUGAAACAAUAAACUGAGACAUGUUUCCGUU